AGGGGGCGGGUUUGCCUUCGCUUCGGUGCCUCACAAUAUUUUUACCUGAAGGACCGAGAGGAGGGCCGCAUAGCUGAAUUAACGAGAAAUUUGUUCAGAAGACAAUAUUGGGUUAUCCUUGUGAAAGAGAAGAUUCAACAAUGGAGCCUGUCCAUAUUAAAUUGGAGAGUCCUGCAGUAGAAUUAGUCCAUAUUAAAGAGGAGAGUCCUGUACUAGAAUCAGUCCCUAUUAAAGAGGAGAGUCCUGUACUAGAAUCAGUCCAUAUUAAAAGGGUUAUUCUCAAUUCUAAACCCUUAAGCAGCUUGCAGGGCUCUCUUCCCUGUCCUGGAUGUGGGGAGAGUUUUAAUCCUGAAGGAAUCCUUGAAACAUCUCCUGGAAAGACUCUGCAUCGCUGUGCUGGAUGUGUGAAGACUUUCAGGGAGUCAGGAAUCCUGAACGGACAGCAGCAAACAGGCACUGGAAAGACUCCAUAUAACUGUCAUGAAUGCGGGGCAGAUUUCAGACACCACAGCACCGUGAAACACCACCUGCGAGUUCUGAAGGUACAGCUGGGUUAUCCUUGUGAAAGGCAGGAUUCAGAGAUGGAGCCUGUCCACAUUAAAGAGGAGCUUCCUGAACUAGACCCUGUCCAUGUUGAAGAGGAGGGUAACCAUUUUAAAACAAGCAGCUUGCAGGACUCUCUGUCCUGUACAGAAUGUGGAAAGAGUUUCAGUCAGUUACAAAACCUGAAACUUCACCAGCGAAUCCACACUGGAGAGAAACGAUAUGUCUGUGCUGACUGUGGGAAGAGUUUCAGAUGGUCACAAAGCCUGAAACGUCACCAGCAAAUCCACACUGGAGAGAAACCAAAUGUCUGUGCUGACUGUGGGAAGAGUUUCAGUCAGCCAUUCAGUUUAAAAAUACACCAGCAAAUCCACACAGGAGAUAAACCGCAUCUGUGUAGUAAAUGUGGGAAAAGUUUCAAUCGGUUAGCACAUCUUGAAAACCACCAGUUAAUUCACACAGGAGAGAAGCCAUAUCACUGUGCUGACUGUGGGAAGAGUUUCAGACAGUCAGGCAACUUUAAAUUGCACCAGCAAAUCCACACUGGAGAGAAACAGUAUAUCUGUGCUGACUGUGGGAAGAGUUUCUGUCAGUUAAGAUAUCUGAACAAACACCAACGAAUUCACACUGGAGAGAAACCUUAUGAAUGUGCUGACUGUGGGAAGAGUUUCAGAGAUUUACAAAACCUGAAACUUCAUCAGCGAAUCCACACUGGAGAAAAACUGCAUGUCUGUGCUGACUGUGGGAAGAGUUUCAGAUAUUUACAAAACCUGAAGCUUCACCAGCGAAUCCACACAGGAGAGAAACCACAUGUCUGUGCUGACUGUGGGAAGAGCUUCAGCCUGUCAAGCAAUUUGAAAAGACACCAGCGAAUCCACACUGGAGAGAAGCCUUAUCACUGUUCUGAUUUUGAAUAGAAUUUCAGCCUCAUAGACAGCUUGCAGAUACACCAGCGAAUCCACACAGGAGAGAAACCAAAUGUCUCUGCUGACUGUGGGAAGAGUUUCAGUCAGUCAAACACAUUGAAAUACAUCCGUGAAUUCACACAGGAGAGAAACCUUAUCGCUGAACGUGCUGUGGGAAGUCUUGGAUGUCUUCCUGUUCUCUUUAAAGACACAAUUGCAAGUUGUGAAAGUUUAGGCAGAAUGUGAGUGUGUGUACACCUGCACUCCAAAAUUCCAGUUUUUAAACAGCAUCUUAAUAUAAAAACUGUGGUUAAUGUCUACAGAUGAUACAGAUCUAUCAAUAGUAAACUGUUCUGAAGCCGUUACAUUAUAAAGUACAUUUCUAGUAUGCAAUAAUGCUGAGAGGGUAUCUGUGUACAUUGAAUAUACAGACGCUUCGGGGCGUUGUGUGAUACGAGGUGAAGCCGAGUGCCUCCAACCCCUGAGAAGUCUGUAUAUUCAACCCAUACGGUGUGGGAGAAAUUCAUAGUUGUAAUUGAAUGUACUUUGUAAAAAUGACAUUUGAAAUCUGAAACUAUGAGGCUUAAGAUACUGUGAUGUUAAUUAAGUUUGCCUUCCCCCAACCUUCUCCCAUAACAUUCUAGGUAUAAUUCAAAGGACUAGAUAUUAGUAAUGGGGUUGUACAGAUCUAAACUGGUUUUAGUUUUGAUUACUUGCUGUUUCUUGAUAGCUGAUUCAUAUCUGUUAAUUAAGAAUGUCUGUCUGAAAGCCAAUAUACCAUUUUCUUCCUAUAAAGGGUUAAGAAGUACGACACCUGGUGGUUACGAGGUGCCAUGACUUUCUCCCAUGACUUGAAUUGUUACCAUGAAACAUGGAACGUUUGUCCUUAUUUUAAAAGUUUAAUGAAAAACAAACCUUUACAAGGGCAUAAUGUGAACUUGUUUAACAAUCUCAGGGUUUUAGAUUUACUAAAACUAUCAGAUUGAAACGUAACAAACAAGUAAUAUCUGAUUUAAAUUGGUUUUAGAAGCAUUUUAACAAAUCUUGCGUACACAAGUUUAAGAGUUGUUUAAGUAUGUUACCCAAAUACAGUUGAAAUGUUUAUUGUGUUUCAAUGAAGUUUAAAGUGAAAAUAAUUCUUACAUUAUUUUACUUUAAUUAUUUUAUAACGUGUUUAACAUGCUUGUAACAGUAAUUUAGUUAGGAGAAUGAAACUGACAUUUUUAUCAUUCUAUGAUCAAUAUAACUAGUUUUGUUCUAUAAAUGCUUUGAAUCCUGGUCUCUCUCUCUCUCUCUCUCUUUCUCUCCAUGGAGGAGGGUCGCUCCCCGUGUUAAUGACACACAUUGCUUGUGUAAAAGAAAGUGUCAUUUAAACUUUGAAAGCCAAAUGAAAGGACUGAUUUCGGUCAGGGAUUAGCUUCCUGGUCUUACCCGGAAGUGAUUGGAUCACCAAAGUAAACUCUUCCUUGGGCGCUAUAUUUAAAGAGAAACAUGUAUUAACUUGUUCUGUUUGGACUCUUGGAUUCGGACUCAUCUCGCCAUGAAGUAACCAUUGAGCCUUCGCUUGCAAUGGGGACCCAUUCAAGCAUCGUACGUAUCUUCAUCCUGAAGAAGACUCCUCGCCGCUACAUCCUGCAACUCUACACGUUACAACUGCAUUCCAGCUUUGUUUUUCAACAAGGACAUAAGAACAUAAGAAAGUUUACAAACGAAAGGAGGCCAAUCGGCCCAUCUUGCUCGUUUGGUUGUUAGUAGCUUAUUGAUCCCAGAAUCCAAUCAAGCAACUUGAAGGAUCCCAGGGUGUCAGCUUCAACAACAUUACUGGGGAGUUGGUUCCAGACCCUCACAAUUCUCUGUGUAAAAAAGUGCCUCCUAUUUUCUGUUCUGAAUGCCCCUUUAUCUAAUCUCCAUUUGUGACCCCUUGUCCUUGUUUCUUUUUUCAGGUCAAAAAAGUUCUUUGGUUCUACAUUGUUAAUACCUUUUAGAAUUUUGAAUGCUUGAAAAUUAUGAUUGAUUUGAGAUCCUUAAAUAUAUAUAUCUAUAUAUCCAGUUUGAACUACAGGUCCCAGAAUGCAUACCAAACGUGUCAGUCUGUAAUACAAGGUGAAUGAGCAUUUAAAUAUACUGUAUACUGUGAGUGCAGCAAUAAAUAACGCUUAAACCCUAGCUGUUGGACGUACCUGGUAUGCUCUUUUUUAUUAUUUAAAUAAAUGCUGGAUUGUCAUUAUUUUGCUUGGGGUUGUUCAUCGAAAAGCUCUUACUGGGUUUGGUAUUUCCAAUUUCAUUAUGUUAGCGCUCUGUGACAUCUAGCAGAAUUUAAAACAAUAUGCGUGAAGCUUUCGUUUCUGUUAAAUGAAGAUUGAUUUAAAAAAAAAAAUCAAAAUAUAUAUUGAUUAUCAGGUUUAUUACUUUCUUGUGUUUCAUGAAUUAAGUGUUAAGGAUUAUAAUUAGUUUUUCUGUUAGCAACACUGGCAUCUGAGCAGUGUGUUUUGUAACAAUAAAAUGCAAAUUGCCCUUUUUAACAACAUUUUUGUGAUAUUUUCAACAGAGAUGCAGAAUCGCAUUGUAAGUGCUGUUUAAGAUUACAUUUAAUAAAAUCACUUUGUAACUGCAGUUUAAUACCAAUGUUCAAUGUCCCGCUGGUGACCAGGCCCUUUAAAUCUUUUUACUCAGGCACUGUGAGAGACAGCUCUGCUUGCGAUACGUCAUUGGAAAGAGGAGAUGCAGACCUUUAAAGGGAAUAGGAAACACUUUUCGGUUUGUUUGUAAAUGAUAAAAUAGAUAUGGAAGCAAUGUCAUCUCGGGUUUGUUUUGAUUGUCUAUCAAAUUGUAAUCCACCAUUCCAAAUAAAUAAAUUAGUAUUUGUAUUAUAAAGUAUUAUAACUUAUUACUUUUGGGAAAAAAAUGACAUAUUAGUAGUUAUCAUAGAUAUAGAACCUUUUUAUAUCUAUGGUAGUUAUACUUCACUAUAAAAAAAGUCAAUCAUGAGGAUAGAGUCGAAAUAGUCGGGUGUAUUUAUUUUAUUUAGUAAUAUGACAAAAUCAAAAAGCCUUGGGGGGGGG